AUGCCAGUCUCAAAGACGAAUCUCUUUAGGACUUCUUCCUCAACGGACCAGUCCUUCUCCAAGUAUAUCAAGAAUAAUAAAUACAAGGUUCUUCCUGAAACAAAGACUAGAAAUAAGAGGACAAAGGAUGACGAGUCAAAAUAUACACAAGAAAUCGAGUUAUUAUACAAGUUGUUUGUUCCGACUAAUUUUUUGGUGAAGAAUGACAAGCUCUCUGUGAAACAAUUAAUGAACCAUCUACCAAAUUUAAUACCAAGUGACUCAACAUUAAAUUACAGACAGUUGAAUUUUGAACUUCAUAUGUUUUUGAGCUCGAUAAUGACCAAUUUUGUACUCUCAUGGUAUUUUGGCAAACUUAAUACAGAAAAUAUGGAGUUUGUGCUGGCGGUUUACCAGCAAUUGAUAGUUGUAGUGAAAGAUAUGAAUGAAAGAAUACUGCUAGCACUCAAGGAUUCAAAUCUCGUAAUACUCAUCGAUGAGCUUUCAGAAAUACUUAACCAACACUUGAUAGAUAUCAUGAGUCCAAUAGAUGACGAAUAUGAUAUAAGAAUAAUUUCAAUCAAUAGAGACCGCUUGAUUCAUGACAUGGAAAAUGAGAGAGCCAUUAUAGGAGACUUUCUUUCCAGAGGACAUAUAAUAUUUCGAGAUUCAAGCAUCAGAGAUGAUGAACAAAGUGAUUCAGGAGAUACAAAGAGGCCCGAUAACUUAGUGGUAUAUUUCAGAGCUCUUUCACAGAGUAUUUUAGAAGCAACCUUUGUGAGUUCUAUGCUGGAUUCUUCUUUUGGACCACUAAAUUCUGAAAUUCUGCAGAAUUUCAUCAUAGCUAUAUUAAGUGACUUAGUCUUUCAGAAAGUCUUUCAAAAGAUUUCAAGUCCUGACUUUGUAUGUACUUCUGUGGUAGAGAGCUUAGCGGCCAAGUUUAGUGAUCAAAAAACAAAUGCUGCGCCUUCAACAUCCACCGGUAUGCUUGGAUCAUUCUCUAGUAUUAAAGGGUUUGUCAAGAAUAUAACAGGAGUUAUUUCUGCAUUAUUAUCACCAACAGACCAUCUUCCCUCGAUAAACAUACUUGAUAAUUCGUUUUUUAACUUGUGUGACACACUUUUGGGGUUCUCAAAUAAAAAGCCAUUAUUAUAUGGCAUUAUAAUGUUCACUCAUAGACGCAUAUUAGCAAACCUGACUUUUGCGAAUAAGCUUGAUUCCUUUUUCAGGGUUUUCACUUCCAAUUUAAUUACGGAGUCUCUGGUAGUCUCCGAUGCAUCUCUAGCAGAAUCUUUAAAACUGUUACGUCAAUCAAUAUUUCAAGAAACCGAAUCAACUCCGCAAGAACAAUCCCAAAAGAAGUCGUUAGAGGAAUUGUCAAAGAGUAUUCAAUCUGGCUUUCAAGAGGGUAUACUGUCCUCUUGGGUAAUUAAUUACAUGCUGAAUGUAGUUUUGAGAUAUGAAAAUGAAUCCAAUGACAGCAUCCAGAAAGCAAUUUACAAGUUUUUGAUGGUAUUCAACUACAAUCCUGACUCCCCAAAUAAUGAUAUGAUUAACGACUCAAGCGACUUGAAUAAGCUAUUACUAAUUAAGGUUUUGGAUUGUGUUAUAGCAGCACUCUACCCAGAGCUUGACUACAAAUAG